UCCUCAGCCCGCCUCUCUCGUUCAUUAGCUCGUAAAACCCCACUCACUUCUUCCUUCUCUUCGUCUCUCCUCUUCCUCCGCCCAAACCCCAGUUUGCUCCUCCGCCCGCUCGAAAACCCCAAGUCCCCAACCACUUCUAGGGCCACCGCGGCGGCGUCCAUGGCCGCCGAAGACGACGAGACCGGAGACCGCGAGAAUGCAGACCCCAACCGCUGCUCCACCGCAGACGCGCCUCUAUCGCCCGAGAACACCGAAGAUAAAUUGGACCUGGACACCAAGAGCACACUAUCUAUUCAGUUACUUCAGCCAAAACCGGGGGAAAACAAGGAGCCUGGUUCACAUGAUAUCCACUUUAAUUCUGCAAACACGCUGGGAAACAGUGAAGAAAGGAACAAUACUGGAAUGAAAAGAGAUGUUUUCAGGCCUUCUGUGUUUGAUAGAAUAUCUGGCCACCGAAAUGAAGACACCAGACUGAAUUCAGAUUCCCAUCGAAAUCAAUUUAGGGAAAUGGUAAAAGGACAUAGUGAUAUGAACAAAGUGGAACGGCACUGUGAUGGCCCCAGGCAGUAUGUUGAUAGCCACCUGAGUCCAAAAGAGCACUGGGUGAGGCCACCUAGUAACGAGAGAAACUAUGACCAACGCCGUGAUAAUAACUGCAAUUCUCGCUGGGGUCCCAGUAGUAAAGAUUCUGAAAAUUGGCGUGAAAGGUCAACAGAGUCAGAUAGAAAAGAUGAUGCUCCCUGUGAAAAGGUGUUUUCUCACAGUACAGGUCAUGGGAAAGAAAAAGAUGGUAGCAAUCAUGAGAAGGUUAAUGAAAGGGGUAAUAUUUCUCGAUCGUGGAACUCCAGCUAUUUUGCAAGCCGUGGUGCAGGAGGUACAUCUGAUCAUCUUUCCCUGGAUCCACAGAAGUUAUCUGCUUCAUUUAGACACAGUAGCUACAGGCAGGAAAGUGAUAACCCAAACUCUGCAAGUUCUCGCAGAAGGUUUACAUCUGUUACAAGCAGAGUCAAUAGUCAAUCUUCACGCCCAUUCCAUCUUGGUGUGCGUUCUGACAGGCCUGGUGGUCCAUCUAGAAACUCUGUGAGAUAUAGCAGGAUAAAAUUGUUUGAAAUAUACAGAACAACUGAUGUUAGAAACUUUGUAAUGCCGAUAGAUGAUAUUGAUAACGAUGAGAUAUCUUCAUUGUGGCAAGAAGAACCUAUGGAUCCUUUAGCUCUCAUUGCACCUAAUGCUGAAGAAAUGGUGAUUUUGAAAGGAAUUGAAAAAGGAGAUAUCACAAACAGUUUGGCACAAGCUUGCAAAGACGGUUCUGAUGACAAAAGUAAUCCAGAUGUGGUGGCAUUGGAACAAACGAAAUUAAGUGGAAGAGAAGAUCAGACAGGAAGCAGUGAAUAUUUCAAUGGUGAAAUGACCAUUGGUACCAGAGGAAUUCUUGGGGCUGCACAUUUGAGCGAACACUUGAAGUCUGUGAAAUCUCCUCCAAAAGAAUCUGAGUCUAUUGGUGAUGGUAUCCAUGGGCCAUGUGCUGAAUUUGGACAUCAGCGCAAUGUCUUGGACCAAGGAACUAAAGUUGAUGAAAUGGCUGGUGUAGGUGAAAAUGUUAAUCCAGAAAACCUCUCUCUGUACUACAAGGACCCAAAAGGGUGCACCCAAGGUCCUUUUCCUGGAUAUGACAUCAUUGGUUGGUUUGAGGCUGGGUUUUUUGGUAUUGAUUUGCUAGUUCGUGUUGCAAGUGCUCCCUGUGAUUCUCCUUUCUUAUUACUUGGGGAUGUCAUGCCACACUUACGGGCAAAGGUAAGGGCGCCUCCAGGCUUCAGCAAUACCAAACCAAGAAGUAUGACAGAGGCCUCACAUCUAGGAUCAGCGUAUCUUGGAACUUCUGAUUAUGGAUCCAUAAACAAGAAUGGCUGUGUAACUGAAGCUGAAAAUCACUCUCUGGAGUCUCCAAUGUCUAGUAAAACCCAGAAUCCCAGAGCAGAAACUAAUGUUGUUACUGGAGGUAUGAAUGAAUGCAGCUGCAGUACAUUUGGCAACCGUUUUGUUUCCGGUGAUGAGAAAGUGAGUAGCGUAAAUCAUCUUGAAGUACAGAAGGGGCUGUUAGAGAGAGAAAACACCUUUCAAAUAGACGGUGAUGUCAUAUCAGUUGCAGAGUCACAAAAAAAGGAUUCAGUCCAGUCAACUUCGCACUCAACAUUCUUCCAGCAAAUGGUUGGCCCAUCAAAUGAAGCUCUCCAACCUCAGAAUAUUAACCUGCUCUCAAUGCUGCUUCCUACAGAAAAAGGUCAAGCACCGGCUGUGAAUUCUGGAUUCUCACUUUGGUCAAAUAAUGCUGACUCUGGAAAUCUGCAAGCUGUUAUGUGUGGUAUAGAUCUUGCUCAAGAGGUACUAAAUAUGCGCCAAAAUCUACACAAUUCUCAGCAAAUAGGUAUCGAAUCUAUUGAUGUUCAACAACAUUACUCUUUAACACAGAAUCAACCAACUUUGGGUUGUUUGAACCCACAAAUCACACAGCCAGAAAAGUUUCUCAGUGAAAUAUCUCCUGAUCCUCAGCUGCUAAACAACAAUCAACAACAGUAUCUGCCAUCAGAGCUACACUUGCAACCCCUGAUGCCUGGAGUACCUCAACCUCAAUACUCUCUAUUGAACAACAUGCUACAGCCCAGGCAGCAGGAGCAACAGCAACAACAGCAGCAACACAUUUCUCAGGCUUUACCUCAUGAUUGUUCCAUGCAGCAGCUUUAUGAUCCUUCCCAUGGGACAAGACAUACUUCAUUGUCAUCUAGUGACCGUAUGAAGCUUUGUCUUCAAAGAACACAAGAGAUUCUUGAACUUGCUCAGAAGUUACCUGGUCAUGGUAUGCAUGAUCUACAACCACCUAAUCAUGCAAAUGUGAAAUUGAGAGACAUGGGAAUUAUUGGUUUGUCGGAAAGUUGGGCUCCUGCUCUAGCUCUACCACUGCCCCAUGAAAUGAUGGGUCAUGCAGCUUGGAAAGAAUGUUCAGCUAGUCUCACACAGGGCUCUGCAGUUGUUGGUGCUCCUUCACGGAAAGAAAGUAUUGUAGACUUGCCAUCUGAGAAAACUCUGAGUUCUGGGUCUAACGAGUAUAGCAAGGUGACUGUUUUUGAAGCUAAAGAUUUUCCUCAAUCAUGUCAAGGUCUUGCAAAAUCGGAAAGUGUAGCAUCUCAUAUCUCCAAUGAAGUUCAUGAAAUGGAAAUUUCUUCUACCCAUCCUCAUUCAUGGAAACCUACUCCAGGUGUUAGAACUAAAUCAGUGUUGGAAAUUCAAGCAGAGGAACAAUUGGAAAGACAGAGGGAAAUAGCCUUGGAAAAGACUAAAGUAACUACAACAGCAGCUUCAGCGUUAUCUAUUCCUUGGGGUGGUUUGGCUGAAACUUCUGGGCAACAGUUUGGAGAUGAGACUAGACCUAUGUGUGAUAAAAAAAAUGUCAAUAUAUCAAAGAGUAAGAGAAGUCAGUUACAUGAUUUAUUGGCAGGGGAGGAACUGGUAAAGUCGAAUGAUAAAGAUGCUGUUAUCAUAAAUAGUGCUGAUGAUACUUCUUUUCCUCCUCUGGCACCUUCUGUUACUCAGUCUGAUGCUCAUCUUUCCAGUCACUCCACUCCUAAUUCUGAACAGGGUCUGUUUUGGGAGCCUUGUGAGCAUGCAAAGCAAGAUAAGCUGGGACUCCAAUCACCUCCGAGCAGGGCCAGAGCUUCCAUGGUCAAUACACGAACUGCUGCAUUGGACAUUCAGAAGAAGGGGAAGAAAGGUAAAAAGCUGAACACGUCAGCUUUGGGGUUCAAGGUUGAGAGCACCCGCAUCAUGAUGGGUGAGAUCGUGCAUGCUGAUGAGUAGAUGGCAUAUAGCAGACUGGUAUAUACCAAUUCGUUUACUGAUGCACAUAGCUUACACUUCGCAUCACCGUUUUAGCACGGAAUUUUCCUCGUAGUGGACGAGCUUCCUGAAGAUGGUUAUUUUACAUUGUAGUAGAGCAGAUGAUUCCCUGUCACAGUUUGGCGGCUGAAGUGACGAGAAUUCAAAUUGAGCAACUGGCAAAGGAUUUGGUCUUCAGUAGACUUGGUUGUAUAUUAUAUUAUAACUCAAAAAUCGUAUAAUGUUUGUUGCUGGGUGGAUUUUAUGCGAAACUGGAGCCUGGAGGUACCAGAGUCAGUGGAAACUACGUGAUUCAGGUUGUAUGGAAUAUUGCAGUGUUUGGUUCUGACCAUUCUGGAAACAGUUUUUUGGUGUAUAGUUAGUUUCCUGGAAUCUGAAGUUUCUGAUGU